UUUAGUUACACACACACACAAUUGUAUAAGCUUAUCGAUGUCUGUCACCUUUUUAAAGUCACAUAACAUAAAAAAAUUCUCUGUAUUUUAUUAAGCCUCUCUCCCUUGGCCACCAAAAUCAGAGUGAACCAAGUUAGAACCAUGUCCCGUUAUCUCUAUGGCGAUAAAAUAUUAGAGGCUUUCAGAGUAUUUCGGCGACCAUUAACGCUUGUGGAGGUGGUUGACUAUGUAGCCGAAAUGGAAGCUAAAUCAAUUGUUGAAGUACGCCUUGAAGUGGACAAUACUCUAACUGCAGCUUGGUUACAUGGUCUUGUCAAACGUGAGGAUGAUCUCUUUACAUUGUUGUAAAAAGGCGAAACGAAAAAUGCAACUCAUUGUCGGGUUAAAAAUUUCAAAACUAACAACACAAAAAAAAAGCAGGCGGCUAUGCUUUUAUUAGCUUUGUUUCGAUACGGUAUUCAAUAUCGACGAGCCAAAGGCGGACGAACAAAUUUUCAAUAUUCUCGUUCUAGCACCUACACAGUUUUCGGAUCCGGAUCAUGCCGAUAUCAGGCGAUGAUCUUCAAUAUGGCGAUCAAAUUCUAUCCGCCUUUAUGGUUCUGAAGCGUCCCCUUAAACUCUCCGAUAUUGUUGAUUAUGUGGCCAUGGUAUCCAAUAAGACACCAUAUGAAGUACGCGCCCAGGUGGCUGACACACUCGCAUUGGCCUGUAUACACGAUUUUGUACAUCGUGUCGAUGGCCGGUAUGUCCUGGCUCCGGGUCUAAGUGAGUGCAAUGAUACCAGUAGCGACGACACGUCUAUCCAGCCUUCAGAAUAGUGUACAAACAACAUGGUUCAGUAUAAUAUAGAGAAUUGUCGAAAAUUAUUGUGUUUUAAUAAAAAAACGAUGAGACUUUGCAAUAGAUUUCCAUA